AUGUCCAUCUACAGUCUCAGGACAAUUAUAUUAUCCGUUAAAAGUGGAGAUGUAGCUGAGACGGAGGAUCUCAUCAAUAAAGGAGCCGACAUCGACGUCACGGAGAAUGGUAACAAUUUAUUGCUUCUGGCAAUUGUGUAUGACCAAAAAGACGUUGCUAGGUUACUGGUCGCAAGAGGAAUAAAUCUAAACUAUAGAAGCCAGGGAGGUGACGACAGAACACAGUACAAGUCUGCUUUAGAUUUAACGGAAGAAAAAGGAUGGGAUGACCUAUACGAAUUGAUAGAAAGAACGUCAUUAGCAAAUAAGAAUAUACCGAUGGCCGUCGUUGAUGGCGAUAGCAAACUAACGAAGAGUUUACUUGAACAAGGAGCAGACAUAAAUACCGUGACAGACACGGGUGAAUCGCUGUUAAUGCGAGCAAUACGACAUGGGCACUGGGAAGUGAGCGAAUUGUUGAUCAGUCAAGGAAUCGAUGUUGCAUAUGUGCUAGUUCAAAGACACCAAUCAGCGAAUGGCAAAAUUGAGACAACGAAGGAAACAGCCAGAAUAUAUGCCUCUAAGUACGGCAUGCCAGAUAUAAUACAACUCAUCGACAGACGGGAAGGGGAGUAUAGACAACAGGGGAUAAUCGUGCAGGAUCCAAGCGAAGCAGAACUUCAGAUAAAUGAAAAAAAACCCGUCAACGAAGACAAGACUGACAGCGAGAAGCAGCGUUCACACACAUGCGCAGUACUGUAA